UGAUGUUGAUGCUUUUUUUAAGUGGUCAAUGAAUAAUACGUUGCCCUUUUGAGAACAGUGCUAAGAAAAUCCAACAAAACAAACAUAAUAUAAUCAUAUUUUUUCACAAAUGCCCGAAUCAAUUCAUAACGACAAAAUGGAUAAACGUGAUGAAGAAAUUCUUGAAUUAAAACAAAAAUUAAUCGAUCUAAUGAAAGAAAAUAAUGAAAUGAAAGAAUUGAUCCUAUUUCUUGAUGAUGAACGUAAUUAUGCUCGACAAUUUGUACGACAAAUCAAUAGUAAACAAUCAAUGAAUUGGAAUUCAUUAAAACAGAAACUUAACUAUUUGGAACAGAAACAAUUCGAAUUGGUCAAAGAGAAUCUUUCACUCAAACAGCUUUGUGUUUUGCUUGAUGAAAAUUCAAAUCUAACGGGUUCUGAUCAGAAUCAAAUAUCAUCAAAUGGUAGACAAAUUGAUUCAAAUAAAUCUUCGAAUUCUUCCAAUUCGUCAUCAACAAAUGGCCUAUCUUCAUCCGUUGUUUGUCAAUACAUUUUACAAUUAGAAAAUGAACUAAAAUCUCGUGGUAUAUCAAUGCAACGUCCAAAACAUAUACAUGACAUUAUUAAAUUAAAUUCAUUACGUAAUUGUGAAUCAAAUAAUGGUCGAUCAUCAUCACCAUCAUCUUUAAAUAAUAAUAAUUCAUUUACAACCAGUGAAGAAAAAUCAAUUAUUUAUUCAUUAAGUGAAACGGCAAUCAAAUCAAUUGUGUUCAAUGGCAAUGGUAAUCAUCGAAUUCAAUGAAUCUUACAAAAUAGAAAAUUCUCUGUAAAUACA